CUUUCUUGCGUUCGGGUUGUUGGUUCUUUGUGGCGUGUGCAUUUUUCUCCUUGUCGCUUCAAAACGUAAAUAUUUUCUUUUUUUUUUUCAUAUUGAGUGAGUUCGUCAUGGCUACGGGCUAAAGCAAAGCAGUUUGACUGCUACCUACAUUUUCUGCGUUGUGUCACAUGCGAAUACUCAUUUAGAGGAAGUGGAAGUGAAGUGAAAACAGUCUACCACUGAAAACUUCAUUACUUGUGCAAAAAUUAAGAGAUUAAGGGACGAAAGUGGCUGCUGCUGGUUAUAAUCAUGACUAUUAAACCAGUGGUGAACCAGAAAAAUUCGAAGGAUGAAAGCCAGGAAGGCACUUCACAAAAUUUGGUCAACAAUGGAACGGUAGUUCGUAACACCCACAGGAAUGUUGUUCUGAAUCAGCUGUCGACGUCAGAAAGUCAACAACUUCCAAGAGAGAAAAGGGUUCAUACACCACACAAUUUUGAUAGUGAAUCUGUUCGACACAGACGGAGCCCACAUAAAAAUCUCGGUCGUAUCAAACGUGAACACCAUCACAAAAGGGAAAAUCGAGAGCGAGAUAAAAAUGCUUCACCUAACUAUCAAGCAGUUUUGCCUUCUGUAAGCACCAAAAAGCAAACGACCCCAGCUUGUUCUAGCCCGCUGGGAAGUGCAGGUGGUCGUUCUCCUAAAAGCGUCGUCCCUGCUGUAAGCAAUAUUGGCGUGGCCACAGGCAGCGGCAGUAACAAUUCGAUCAAUAAUUUAUCUGCGGCGAUCGAUGAAGCACUCUCCGGGUACAACAGCGGUGACGAACAUAUUGGUCAAAAAGACGCACAGCUUACCCCGGACGAAUGGAAGAAACGCGAUGAAGCUUUUGCUAAAAUAAUGUCUGACCGCGGAUUCAUUCUUAAGGAGAUGGUUGAAGAUGGCGCCUGUCUAUUUCGUGCCAUAUCACUGCAAAUUUAUGGUGAUCAAGAUAUGCACGAAGUCAUCAGACAGCAAACGAUGGAUUAUAUUUACCAAAAUCGGGAAUACUUUGCACAAUUUGUAACGGAAGAUAUAGACAAUUACGUUUCUCGAAAACGAGCGAAUCAUGUCCAUGGUAAUCACAUAGAGAUUCAAGCAAUGUCUGAAAUGUACAACCGCUCAGUCGAAUUGUAUUGCUACCAGUUAGAACCGAUCAAUAUCUUUAAUUCCGAUCAAAUUAACAACGGAAAUGAACCAUUGCGGUUGUCGUACCAGCGUUGCUCUCACUACAAUGCGAUUAUGGAUCCAUAUAAAGCAUCAGUAGGAGUUGGUUUAGGUUUAGCAGGAUAUCGGCCAGAUGAGUUAGACAUUAAACAAGUUGCAGAUGCUGUUCGAAUGAGCGAAGAGUUAGAGAUUGAACAAACUAUGUUCGAGGAUAAGUUGAAGACUACCGAUUGGGAAGCCACCAAUGAGGCUAUAGAAGAACAGAUAGCUAGAGAAUCCUAUCUCCAAUGGUGCCGUGACAAUAUGCGCAAUAACCCCGGUAAAAAUAGUAAAAGCACUAGCACUAUCACAUCUAGCGAUGUCAGUGGUGGUGGAGGUUGCAGCACGGCGACUAGUCCAGAAAAAUCGCCAAAGCAUAACUUAGAAACUGCAACAACCUACCCUGACACGCUAUUACGAGAACUUCGCAAAUCAGCGUCUCCUGCGCCAUCGAAUCUAUCGUUUAAUCAAGGAAGCUCCUCCAGCUCGAAAAACAGUUCAUUUGAUCUGGAUUGCUCUUUAGCUGAGUCAUCCUGUUCAGUUCCUUAUUACUUUAACAAUUGUAAUAGGAGAAAGAAACGGAACCUAAAUUCACCAGUGGACAAAUCCAACGCAGACAUUCUUUCUAAAAAAUCAAAGCUAAGCGGUAAUAAAACGAGCGAAGGCGAAUCGGAUAUAGGUGCAAGCACAUCGGGCACGGCAAAGAAUGAAACCCGCAGCGAGCCAGUUUCGGAAUUUUAUCAGUCCUUACUGGAAUCUUCGUAUACUGAAGAUGGUAGUUUUGCACAAUUGAGCGAGCGUGAGAUGAUACAAAAGGCCCUUGCAGAGUCGGCUAUGGAUUUCGUAAAACGAUGUGACCGAACAAAAGGAUCCCAGGAGGACAGAUAUGGCACCACAGAUGAAGAAUACGAUUCCCCGUCGCCUUAAAUUAGUGAAAUGAGUAGCAAUCCAGACAGGCACAAGGAAGAGGUUUUUUUUUCUAUUUUCGGAAAAUAUUAUCUUCAUGUAACGGUAGAAGGCAUUAAGGCAACAAUAUUUGCUAACUUAUGCACUGUUAAUAACUAAGUGAAGUCUCAUUAAUGUUUACUUUCUUCGAGACCCUGUAAGCUGCAGUGUUAGAAUUACUGUAUUACUCAAGUUCCGUGGAAUAAGGAGUGUGCACAGCUGUUAUAGGUAAUCUUUUCAUCGAUCCUCAUUUCCUCCGCGUAUCACCUAGUAUCAAAAUUUUUGUUUUUCAACAAAAAGCAAUUGCGAAAGAUCCCGAACGACGGCGGAACACCAUUUUAGCAUAUUGAAUUUCUCUUCAAAAUUUAAAUACGAUUUUGCUGGAGUUUAUUUACUAAUCAUAAGUGAAUUAUUAUAUACGCUAUUAUGUAGAAUAAAGACAUUCAUAAGUGUAGACGCUUUAGUUAGAGCGUGAGCUAUAUGUUUGAAAUGAAAAUACCACAGAAAUAAAUUUAAAGUGAGGUUGCA